AUGGAGUCAGUUGUGAAUUUGAAACACCGAUUACUUGAUAUUGGAGAAGGAAAACAAUUGAAGUGGAAGAGAAACCGCCGGAUUUGUAGCCGCUAUCGAAGGGAACGAUGUCUUUGUGUAACCAUCUAUGAAAAAGACGAAGAGUUGAACGACGUUAAGGGUUUUUUUAAGGGCGCCACCAGCAACUCCUCCAUAGGUGAUGGCUCUAGUGGUGGCGCUGGUAACUUUUCGAUGACUACAACCCACGAAAAAUCAAAGAUGUGGGAUGAAACUGGGCAAGACGCUAGAGUUGAUGAACUCUUGGCGAUUUUUGGGUACAAAGUGGAGUCCUCAGACAUGGCUGAAGUUGCUCAGAAGCUUAAGUAG